AUGACGUCUUCUAGUUCGCUCACCUCGAGGGAUACAGAGGACCGAGUCCUUGCCGUGAAUACCCAGGUCACCUCCGUGGCUGAGCUCGUCUCCCCGCUCUCUUCUGGGUUACAGGGGACUGCCGUCAAGAUUGCCCAGUAUAGCACCAAUGUGCUGUUGGAAGGCUUACCGGAGCUGGUGAAGGUGCUUCAGGAGGUCGCAGCAGUCCACCCAUUCAUCGCGCUUGCCGUGGGCGCAUUUCGAGUCGCGAUCGAACUCGACUUGAAGAGAAGAGAGAACGAUAAGAAGAUCAACCUCCUUUUCACGGAGAUGAGAGACAUGAUGACCGCGCUUGUCGAAUUGGGGGAUGUGAAAGAGCCGAAGCGCGUCGGGAAGGAUGGCAAGACCGUCCAAGAGCGGCUCCAAGGUCUGGUGGACAUCAUCGAGAGUGACAUCCUCGACUGUGCCAACGUCUGCGACGCAUACGCUAAGAAGGGCAUGACUGCUAGGGUCCUCGGCAGCAUACGCUGGAACGAGAAGCUGCAGCAAUAUGUGAAGCGGUUCACGAAGCAUAGGGCGGACAUCGAGUUCACCCUUGCGAUUCACCUCGGUAUCAACAUUGACAUCGCGAACCGGAAGUUGGAUUCAAUUGAUUCGAAGGUCGAAAGCGUUCUCGAAUUUCUGCAAGGCUGUACCUCCCCUGAGGAGAAGGAGCUUGCGAUGUUCAUCGAGUCGCGCGGUGGUCGGGACGUCGUCUUGAAGAGCGAACGGCUUCUACUCGAGCUCAUCAGCCAACGACCUCGGGCCAACAACUCUAGCGCAGACGGCCGAUGGGCGAGCAGACAAAGCACACUGGACCUAAGGGCACUCAAAGAGGAGCUCUCUGAAGAACCCGAGAUCUCCAUCACUCGCAAUUGGAGCGCCUUCGAACGCAAGUUCGAGAUGCAAGAGAGGGAACUCGGACGAAUCCAGGAGAUCGUUCACGAGGAGAAUCAGCUUGUCAUCAAGUCGGUGACAUCUGGGCCUCAUGACAAGAUCCGGGAUAACGACUUGCACAACAUCUGGCGAGAGAUGCGAUGGCGAGGGAACGUGAAGGCACGCCAUUUUGUACUCGCCCUACGUGACUAUUGCCUAGAGAGGCUCGACAAAAUCAAGAAGAACGAGCAGACGUUUGUCGACUGCGACCGGCCCACCAACAUUGACGAACACGACGAGUGGACGCUCGACUAUAUCAGCGUCACUCGCUUGCAGGCCAUCAUCGAGGCUUUCGACGAUGACGCAUCGGGCUUCAUCACAGUCGGGGAGGUGAAUGCGUUUACAGCGUCGAAGCCACGAGAGUGGAGUCUCCUCCACUGGAUGGCGUACUGGGCGAUCGGUUGGCAAAUGACGAUGACUCGAUACGUGAUAGAGAUCGACAGCCUCCUGGACAAGAUGUUCGCGUUAAAGAAGCACGUCCUUCCCGCGAACCGACGAUCGGUGGAGCAAUACCUCGACGUGGUCUGGUCACCCAUCACCGAGCUUACCACAGGGUUCCGGCGUAUCGAAAGGAACGAUGUGGUCGAGGAGCGCUUCCAGUCGUACGUCAAUGCGGAGGAGACCCGACUGCGGGAAGCCCUACAGGACAUCAACUAUGACAUUGACGCGGCCGACAUCCUCCAACUCGUCACGGGCCCAGGGCGUGUGGAAAAGUUCCUCUUCCCGCUGCUUUGGCUUCUUCUCAAACGGGACUUCGAGAUCCUCAGGCUGUCCCGAAACGUCGUUCUUCACAGAGACGAACUUUGGGAUUCGGCGUCGAGUUUGAAAUGGGUUUUCCGGGCAGUAAGCGACCGUUGCACCAACCUUGAAAACUUGUUCAAGCAGCAGAACCUCGACCCAGGACAACAAUUCAAGGUGUUCGCGGCCGAGUCGUUUCGCUAUUGGCACGAUUCGACCCCGCUGUGGUCAACCGAGCGGUUACGUGAAGCUCACUACCUCGAAAAACCCUACAAUGAUGCCGAUGAAGACGCAUACGUCGAUCCCUCCCGCCUCCUCAAUCACCCCGCGGAAGAUACUUCGAAUCCUCUUGAGUCCUCGCAAUAUUUCGAGACGAACGAAGACCAGCAGGCGAAUGGAGCUAUCAGGCCCAUCCUUGGGCAGUGGUCUGGAUAUGUCGGUGACUCUGGCAUGUUUCCGGGCGAACCGAUGAUGCGUUUAGACAUACACGCCUCACCGUCGUCCAACUUGUUCGUCGCUUCCGGCACUAUUCCCAUCGGCACACGAUUCAACGUUUCGGGUACCACGGCAUCCCCGAACGGCACACGGAGCGUAACUUAUCAAUUCCAGCUCACCUAUGCCGCACGCUACUGGCCGCGGAUCUUCCGAGGCAGGCUCAGCGACGACGGACGGGAGCUCUCUGGCGUAUGGACGUGCAAGGGAAACUACACGGAAGGCACUUUCCUGUUUAGACGUCUUCCUCCUGACUCUAUGCGCUUCUGGCCGCUGCUCGCCGAUGUCGAAUCAAGAAAACCCCUCACGCUGUGGCGCUUCGCACUGUCAGCGGUGCAAGACCAGGUUCGACGCAAGAUGCUCUCCAUCAACCUGCUUCGCGAGCGACAGGCGAUUCGCCAACGCUACCUUCGUGCCAUCCGCGUCGGACUCUCCACCCAGCUUCCCGACGAGAAGGAUCGCCAGACUCUGAUACACUGUUAUCUCUUCCUCACCCCCUCCGAGGCACGAUAUUAUUACUCGGUGUAUGAGUCCAUGCAAAGUAUCUCUCCGAAGCAUUUCGGUAUCAAAUGCGCUCAUUGUCGGGCAGAUAUCUAUGGCUCUCGUACCAUGUGCCUUGACUGCGGUAUCCGGACGACUGUAGACCUCUGCAACAGGGCGGAGUGCCGAGAGGCCACGAUUGGACCGGAUCGCCGAGACGAUUUGGUCCUUCCGCAUCUGCCGUCUCAUCGUAUCCUGAAGGUCCGCCGCGUCAUCCACCGCCACCGGGAGUUUGGAAAGAUGUACCGCGCCGCGCAGGCCGCUCUCAUCAGGGCCGAGGAAGCGCUGGCCGACGCCGACGACCUCAACAGUCCGCAGAUUCUGCACGGCGGCCAUUCGCGACACCCGAGCGUUCGGAUUCGGACAGAGCAGCUUGUCGACCGCGAGCUCUCCUGUGUCGGCUGCAAGAAGCGGGUCUCGCGACCGUGCUGGUACUGCAUCGAUUGUGACGGCGAAUGCUUUGUCUGCCCUGGCUGCGAAUCGACGAAGAUCUCGUUCUCCAACGGCCACAAGCCUAUUCAUGGCCUCGUCCGCUGCGCUCUUCCUCGUGACGACAUGGCUAAGGCGGCCGAUCUGGAGUGGUCGCACUCGCGCAUCGACGCCUUGGAGGCGAAACUCGAGGUGUUCCAACGGGACUCGGCGUCUCGCUUCGACGCGCUAGACGGCAGGCUUUCUGGUCUUGGGAACCAUUCCGCCGACUUGGAGGCUAUGCAGGUCACGUCGAACCAGAAGCUGGAGACGCUUGAUGUCAGGCUCCAGCGUAUCGAAGGCCUUUUGUCUGCGAUUGCUUCCAAGCUGUAGUUCAUAUGCUCUAUCCUCGUAUCCUUCUUGGCUUGCCGCUUGCUUCGCUCGAUGUUCUCCACUCGCCCUUUCUGUUCGUUCUAUGCUCUGGUUUACUCCAUGUGCCUGGUUUCUAGCGCUCUCGUCCCUACUAUCUUCUCAACCGAUUACUCCUGGGUAUUGUGUAUAUUAGUCACAUCGACAACUGUGGUCACUUGUACAUAGCUAGUGUAUCUACUUCUCGCACCCUCCCCACCGACCUUGCGGCGUUCGCUCAGACGUUGCCUGCGU